AUGGCUUUGUCGCCGACUACCAGCCCCGGUAUGCCUCCUGCUCCCAGUAGCCCUGCUGCCGUUGCCUCGCCAUCUACGUCUGUGGCGAGUUCCCCGCAGGGAGAGGGCAAGUCCGCCAAAUAUUUGAGAAGUGGCACUAAUGAAGCGUUCGCUGAAAAGCAACAGCUCCUCACUGAGCUCUCUGCGAUGUUUCAUCAGAAGGAUGUUAAAGUGCAAGUAACUGCAAAGGAACCAGAAGCAAAGCGCCGAUGUGGCAGCACGGCGGAAGUUAUUGUGAAGUACCUUGAGGAAAAAGAUGACAAGGACCAGCAGACGGAGACAAAGCGUCUAAACAUCGAGCGGGAGAAGCUAAGGAUGCAAGAAAGAGAGAUGGACUUGCGAGUAAAGCAGCAAGAUACAGACACAGCAGCAAAGGAAAAGCAACUCGAUAAUGAGAAAGAAGAAAGGAAGCUGGCACUUGCCAAGCUAGACCUGGAGAAAAUGAAGGUGAAGCUACAAGAAAAGGAACUGGAAAAUCAGAAGGAACAACAGAAAGAAGAAGGGAAGAGAAGAGACCAAAGAGAGGACAUGUUUCUCAAGUUGAUGGCAGGAGUAGUGGCCAAGUUGCAAUGA